AAAAAAAAUCGCAAUUGGACUGCAAUUCCCAAUUACAGAACGGCGAAACCCUUUUCUAGCCCUAGUUUUGUACUCCUCUCUCUCAAGGAGAAGAAGAGAUAAAUUAGAGUAACGUAGUGGAACGAUGCAGGAAUAUGAAGGUAACGGAGAAGAUAUAGAGAAUAAUGGUUCUUCUCCUUACAGUGACUCCAAGUCUCAGCGUACUUCUCGUGACCCCGAAAAAGAAAGGGGCUCAUCAAGAAGCAGGGAAAAGGAGAGAGAGAAAGGGCGUGAUAAAGACAGGGACAGGGAUAGGAAUAGAGAUAGAGACAGGGACAGAGUUAAGGAAAGGGACAAAGAUAUGGAUAGGGAUAGAGAGAGGGAGAAGGACCGUGAUCGUCAUCACAGAGAUCGUCAUAGGGAUCGGAGUGAUAGGAGGGAGAGGACCAGAGAUCGAGAUGAAGAUGAUCUUCAGCGAACUCGAGAUUACGAUAGGAGAAGAGACAAUGACAAAGAUAGAGAGGACCGACAGAGACACAAGCCUAGCUCUAGGGGUAGAUCCGAGCAUAGAUCAAGGUCUAGAUCACGGUCGCCAUCUAAGAGCAAAAGGAUCAGUGGUUUUGAUAUGGCACCUCCUACCAGUGCAUUGUUAUCUGGCGUGACUGAUGUUGCAGGUCAAGUUCCAGGGACGACUAACCCAUCAAUUCCUGGAAUGUUUUCUAACAUGUUUCCUCUAGCAGCAGGCCAGUUUGGAGCUCUCCCUAUUAUGCCAGUCCAGGCAAUGACACAGCAGGCUACCAGACAUGCUCGGCGAGUUUAUGUUGGUGGACUUCCACCUACUGCAAAUGAACAGUCGGUUGCUACCUUCUUUAGUCAUGUCAUGUAUGCAAUCGGAGGAAACACUGCUGGUCCAGGGGAUGCUGUUGUCAACGUUUAUAUAAACCAUGAGAAGAAGUUUGCCUUUGUUGAAAUGAGAUCUGUUGAGGAAGCUAGUAAUGCCAUGGCUUUGGAUGGUGUCAUUUUUGAGGGCGGACCAGUUAAGGUUAGAAGACCCAGUGAUUACAAUCCUUCCUUGGCAGCUACUCUUGGUCCUAGUCAACCGAGCCCCAACCUCAACCUGGCAGCUGUUGGAUUGACACCAGGUUCUUCCGGAGGGCUUGAAGGACCUGACCGUAUAUUUGUUGGUGGUUUGCCCUAUUAUUUUACAGAAUCACAAAUCAGGGAACUUUUAGAGUCUUUUGGUCAACUUCGAGGAUUUGAUCUGGUCAAAGAUAGAGAAACUGGGAACUCAAAAGGUUAUGCUUUUUGUGUGUACCAGGAUGUGUCUGUUACUGAUAUUGCUUGUGCAGCCCUUAAUGGGAUUAAGAUGGGGGAUAAAACUCUUACUGUUAGGCGGGCUAACCAGGGCACAACCCAACCCAACCCUGAGCAAGAGAGUGUAUUAUUGCAUGCACAACAGCAGAUAGCUUUGCAGAGAUUCAUGUUACAACCUGGUGCAUUAGCCACGAAGGUUUUGUGCUUAACAGAAGUGGUUAGUGUAGAUGAGCUCAAAGAUGAUGAUGACUAUCAAGAUAUUUUGGAAGAUAUGAGGAUUGAAUGUGGUAAAUUUGGAGCUCUCCUGAAUGUUGUCAUUCCACGUCCAAAUCCUAAUGGUGAGCCUACACCUGGACUCGGGAAGGUUUUCCUGGAGUAUGCAGAUGUUGACAGUUCCAGCAAAGCUCGGCAAGGGCUGAAUGGAAGAAAAUUUGGUGGUAACCAAGUUGUUGCUGUCUUCUAUCCAGAGAACAAGUUCUCUGAGGGAGAUUACGAGGCUUAACUGUAACCACUAUAGCUAUGACAUACUAUUCAGAUUACUACAGGGAGUUGUUUGCAUGUCUUGUAGGAAUUAUAUCCCCCUUUUGACAAAGAGGGAUUAAAGUCUCCUGUUUCUUUUUUUUUUUUUUUUUGGCUUUUUUGUUUUGGUGAGCAUGGGAUAUUUUAUUCUGGAUUUCAAAUUUAGUUUGUGGUUAAAGCUGGUGUAAAGUAUCAAACAGGAAUAGUUAUUGGGUUGUUUGAAUGCGUUUUUCUCUUUUUAUAAUUAUGGCAAGUACCCAUUUU